AUGUCAUACGCUGACCUCGUGCCAUCUGCCGCGGCGGAGGAUCUGCAUGAUACUGCUUCCACCAGCACUCUUAAGUCUGCCGCCUCCAAGGUCUUCGCUCUGCCAGAGCUCCUCGAGGCUAUCUUGCUGCACGUGUCGCUUGACGCUUGCAGAGAUGGUCCACCACAGCGCUCUGCAAACGCCUACUUUCCCUUCCCAGCCAAACCACUCUUCGUCCUUCAGCGUGUCAACAGUACUUUCCGCGCAAUCAUCACCCACAACAAGAUCAUCCAGCGCCGUAUGCUCCUCGCUCCACAUCCGGUUUCCGACAUGGGUGCCGCACAACCCGGGGCAGUGGUAUCCUGGUUCGGAGAUGAAAUGACAGGCGGCCAUCCCACAGAAUUCAGCGAACUAUACGACCAGCCUUUUCGUUUCUCCUAUGCAGGUCUCUGGAUCUCGCCCCGCCUCCUCAAAGCUCUGCAGACCGCAGUCUCGGACCCCAAGGCUUCGUGGAGAUCGAUGAAGAUCCACUGCGUCGAUGGCGGUGAGCCCCUCAGGGUCCUCUUGACUCGGGAUUUUGGUGGUGCGGGUUGGAUGUUCAGAUUCGAGGAUGGCGUGACGCUGGGAGAACUCCAUGAUGCUUUGCUGAAAGUCGCGCCGGCUGUAGAAGAAUAUCGUCAUUACAUAACAGAUCCCAUGCUGCAUGAGACUAUGGAAGAUCUUGAGAGGCAGGUGGAGAUAGAGGUUAAUGCUUUGGCACGUUUGAGGGAGGAGUGUAAGAGGGAUGAUUUGUGGGAGUGA